CUAGCUAAAGGUAGACGUAUCCGGUCCCAGAUACACGGCAUCAUCCUCCUCCUUUGUUUGUUUUUGGGCGCGUUAUUGCUUGCUAUUUAUGCCAUACUUUGGCGGUGCUUAUAUGUAUCACUUGGAUUAAAUAUCAAAGUUUAUGAUGAGGAAAAGAGCACACAAUGGGCAAGAAGCAGAACACCAAAAGCAAGAAGGAAGCACAGGCCCAGGAAGAGCCGGAGGAGUUUGUUGUGGAGAAAGUCAUUGACCAGCGCAUCGUCAACGGGAAAGUGGAGUUUUAUCUGAAGUGGAAAGGAUUUACAGAGGCCGACAACACCUGGGAGCCUGAGGAGAACCUGGACUGCCCCGAGCUGAUUUCUGCCUUUUUGGAAUCACAGAAAAACAUCACGGAAAAGCCUGCGCCAGUGGCUAUGAAGAGAAAGGCCUCUACAGAGGGGGCAGAAACCGAUUCUGCCAAGAAAGUUGAGACUGAGAUGCCACGUGGGUUUGCCAGAAACCUCGAACCAGAAAGAAUCAUUGGUGCCACAGAUAGCAGCGGGGAGUUGAUGUUCCUGAUGAAAUGGAAAGAAUCGGAUGAAGCAGAUUUGGUUCCGGCCCGUGAGGCCAACACACGCUGCCCUCAGGUGGUCAUAUCUUUUUAUGAGGAGCGACUGACAUGGCAUUCCUGUCCAGAGGAUGAAGCCCACUAAUUCCUCCCUCUGGUCUCUCCUCGUUUUUCCCUCAAGCCUUGACUCCUCCCCCUGAUCCGCAUCUUAGUUCUAGCUGCCUUUAGAUGUUUUUGAAGAAGUUUCUACAUUUGUACUGUUUGUCAGCGGAGGAGAGCUUUAUGGCUGUGUGUGUAGUAACUGAACAGACUGUUAGAGCGACUGGUUUUUUGUGAGAGGAUUCAUCCAUUGUCAUGUUGUGAUGGAGCUUUCCUGCCUGCUCUAAUAGUUUCCUUCUGAGUGACUAUUUGAAGAUGUUUGGCUGUCGACAGACCUUUUUUUUUUUUUCUUACCCUGUGAGUUAGUAUAGAUAUUGGGUUUGUCCUUACACAAAUGCCGGGUGUUUCGUUCUGAAAGUACAUUUUGUUUACCGAGUGUAAAUACUAAUUCAGGUUCAAUUAAAAGCUUUUAUGUACAUUUUUA